GUUGAUAGUGCUGUCUCUUGAUCUUUACUGAGCCCUAUGCCUUUAAAUGUUCAGUAUAGUUUAGUGCAGAGUUCAGUCAAACAAGGAGGAGACAGAAGAGCACAGUGAAAAUUAAGAAAUCACAGGUUUUGUCUGGAGUUUAAAUAUCUCUGCAGAUCUAAGAACACUUGUUGCUGCUAGUACAAGCCUUCAUUCCUGGAUUAUUGUACUAAGGAAUCUGCUGUUGUUGACUUGAAUUGUGAAUAUACUGCAAUUAUGCAGAUUCACAUGUUUCUCUCUUUGACGAUAGGAAUCUUUUUUGUUUUGGAAACUAUUAAACAGGCUGAAAGUGGGAAACUGUUAGUGAUACCUCAAGAAGGAAGCCAUUGGCUCAGUAUGCGUGGUAUGGUGGAGAAGUUGUCUCACAAAGGACAUCAGGUUGUUGUUGUUGUUCCUGAACCUAAUAUUUUUCUUAAUGAUUUGGGCUUCCCAGUGCAAUCGUAUAAUCUGCCUUCCAACAAAGAAUUUAUGGAAGCUCAGGUAAAACAAGUGAGCAAAGAAGCGUUUGAAUAUAAAACAGUGCCUCAAAAGUUAAAGACGUUUUAUGAGAGAGUUACAAAUUCAGCUAACUGGCUAUUGAUUUCCUGCAAGCUUUUUCUGCAGAAUGAAACACUUAUUAAAUCUUUGGAAGAAGCCAACUUUGAUGUUCUGCUGAGUGACCCGGCUGUUCCGUGUGGUCAGAUUGUAGCUGAGCACCUCUCUAUUCCAUCUGUGAACUUCAUGCGUGGGACUCCUUCUGCCAUGGAGGAAGAAGCUUCUCAAUCACCAAGCCCACCUUCUUAUAUACCCAGAUUGUUCACAACUUACACCGACCAUAUGAACUUCAGCCAGAGAGUGAAGAAUGUUCUAGUCCGAUUAUUUGACUAUGUACUAUGUCGUAUGCUUUAUUCCCCCUACGCUCAGGUUGCCUCAGAGUUUCUGAAAAGAGAUGUGAAAUCUGUAGAUCUUUUCAGCCGAGCUUCUAUAUGGCUGAUGAGAUAUGACUUUAUCUUUGAGUACCCAAAACCUAUAAUGCCAAACAUGGUUUUUAUAGGUGGCAUCAAUUGUGUCAAGAGGAAGCCAUUAAAACAGGACUUUGAGAAGCUGAUAAACAGUUCUGGGGAUCAUGGCUUUGUGGUUUUCUCACUUGGAUCUAUGGUAUCGGAAAUCCCUAUACAUAAGGCUAUGGAUAUAGCAGAGGCUUUAAGAUUUAUUCCUCAAACGGUUAUAUGGAGGUAUACAGGGCAGGUGCCUUCAAAUCUGGGUGAAAACACCCACCUAGUGAAAUGGCUGCCACAGAAUGAUCUGUUGGCUCAUCCAAAGGCCCGUGCCUUUAUCACUCAUGCGGGUUCACAUGGAAUCUAUGAAGGUAUUUGUAAUGCAGUCCCCAUGGUCAUGUUACCGCUCUUUGGUGACCAAAUGGACAACGCUAAGAGGAUUGAAUCUCGAGGAGCCGGAAUCACACUCAAUGUCUUAGACCUGAUACCUGAAGAUCUUAGCAAUGCUCUGACAUCUGUGAUAAACAAUUCAAGUUACAAAGAAAACAUUCAGCGGCUUUCUGAUCUGCAUCUUGACCGGCCCAUCCACCCUCUGGACCUGGCAGUGCACUGGGUAGAGUUUGUCAUGAGACACAAAGGAGCUCCUCACUUGCGCCCAGCUGCCCAUGACUUGAACUGGAUUCAGUAUCACUCCAUAGAUGUCUUUGCCUUCCUAUUUGCAGUCUUGGUCACUUCACUAUUCAUAAGUAUUAAAUGCUGCGCCUUCACCUUUAGAUGCUGCUGUAGACGAAAGUCUUCUAAAGGAAAGUCCAAGUCCAAAAAAGAAUAGAGAACAAAUUUAUUUUAGACUAACAAAAUGAGAGGCAUCGAAAUUCAGUUCAUAUUAAACUUUUCAAAAUUGUAGCUUUAUGUUCCAUAUGUUGUAAUUGGUAUCGAGGGGGGGGGGG